GGGACAAAGGAAAUCCAAUUUGCAAAGGCAAAGUUGAACGUAGAGUUUAUUAUAGUUUUGCUUUGGUCGUGUCUAUGCAUUGCGUACGAUUCGCGAACGAAAUCUAGUCGCGAACGUAUGUUGUAGGCGUAGUUCGUUUUUUAUUUUUUCCUUUGCUCUCGUUCCACUUUUCGAAUCGAUUCUUAAUAUUUAUUUCUAGAAAAUCUGUGCUUUAUUUUUCGUGCUUUUUACUUCAAAGUGAAAAGAAAUAAUUGCGAAAGUGCGGUGGUUUUCGUGAAUUAUGAUGUCAUUAAAUCCUUGAAAAUAUGAGUGUUAGUGUCGACGACGUAUCCAGCCCUUUAUCGGAAGGGCAGAGCACCGUUUGCGACGAACCAACAUCAUCAUCGGACAACCAAGGCGAAAAGAACGAUGGCGUUGAGGCAGGUCAGGAAAAAUCGGAGCCCACGAGUCCCAAACCGCAUCCGAUGGCCUUCACAGUCGAUUUUGGGGAGAGUAAAAGAUUUGAUAACCGAAGACUGGAAGAACUGGCAAAAAAGUCUCAGGCACGGCACCAAAGAGUGCAGUCGAUGUCCGCUGGCACAACUAGACAAAGCCCGACUAUUCAGCGACCUCCUAUGUCAGUAAAACUCCCAAGAAAAGCUCAAGGUUACAAUUCCGAAGGUUACUUCUCCUCCGAUCAAGAAGACAGUGGUGUUUCCAACUCUGUUAAACUUAAAAGCAGCCCUCUUGCACAAAAUGUUGAUAAAACCUUUGUAACCAGUCCUAUAACAAAUAGGCAUAUAAAAUCACCUAUAACUGACUCAUUACAACCAAAGAAACAAUCAAAAAGUCCGAUAGUCGAUAGCAUUAUGUCUAGAAGUGAGAAUUUCAGUUCUCGACAAAAUUUAAUACUGCCAUUGUCCGCUAGCAACUCUAAUUCAACUGUCAUUCAUAAAACACCAAGUUACAGCAACCUUAGCUAUCACAAGCAUGUCAUGGCCAACAUAAUAGACCAAAGUCCCGAAGGUAUAAUGAUAACAGAUAUCUCUAGUCCUGAAUUAGAUAUCCUUACACCAGACAAUGGUUUAUCCACUCCAGAACCAUCUAGAAGUCCCACAAUAAAAGUGAGAGCGAUGUCAGAAACUCCUGAUUUAUUAUUCAAUAAGUGUCCUCCGAAACCCCAUGCAUUGUUUAUAGAUGAUGAAAUGGAUAGACAAUCUAAUAAUUCAUCAACUGGGACAUACACUAUCGAAGCAGACAAUUACACAGAAGAACAAAAAGCUAGAAUGAGUAUAGACAGGUCUUUCGGUGCAGAUUUACUCAAGGAAGCCAUAGACAAUUCGAUAAACAAACGUAAUAUAGAAAGAGAUCCAGAGAUAGUGUUCGAUUUCCCGAAUCCACAAAGGGUGAUAACAAAAGAACCGAGAAGGGAAGUUGGUCUACGUUCCCCUGUCACCCACACAGCCUUUGACAUCCCAAACAAAGUCUCCAAAGACAAAAACGUAUUAGAAAUCUCCUGUUGUUAUGAAUCUCCUAACGAAAAUGACUUAGCGGUACAAACAUCAAAACAAAUAAAAUCAACAAGAAGUUAUUUAGAGAAAAUAAAAAAUAGAGUACGGACGAUAACGGAAAAGACUUUCCCUAAACCGAAAGUAAUCGAAGAUCAAGACAUUGGUAGCUUUACUUCUGUCACAACUUCAGGAGUACUAAGUAUGAAAAAUUCUAUUAAGAUAGAUACACCUGUGAGGAGACGUUGCAGUUUAACUAAAUCUGAAAUAGACAAGACUGAUUACAUCCACCGAUUGUCAAGAGAGUCUUCAGUCCCAGUAUCAUUGCCUAGUAAAGGUGUCCCAUUUGAAGGUACAUUUGAGAGUAGCGCACUAAAAAAUGCCCAGAAAGCAUUACAAGAUGACAGUGGAAUAUCAUCAGAUAUUACACCGGAUCAGAUGGUCGGAAGGUUGUCUUAUAUGAGUCUAAAUAGAUGUAAAGGUGACAAAACUUGGAUACAAGAUUGGGCGGAGAGUGUAAAGAAUUAUAACAACAAUACCUUAGCAAAGGAUGCAGACUUAAUCAUCUCAUAUCCUGACAGCGCACCACUCAGUCCACGCUGCUUGCCUGGUAAACCUAGAAGCCCGCACGGCAGUACGCCUACCAAGAUACCAAGUCCUGUCGGCACACUACUGCAUAGGCGGACACCAGAUUUAAUACCACCUCAAGAUACCGAAUCAUACUUAUUAAAAACACAAAAUGCAAUCACUAACCUGCAAGCGAAGCUUCAAUCUUCCAGAACGAAUAACUUCUCGAACAUUCCGUCCCAGCUGACUUCAAGUCUCAUCAGUGAAAAGACCGCCGUCUCAAGAGUCCCUCUCUCCCAGCUCAGUAGAUCCAACUCCUUGAACUAUCGCCUUAGAAGGAAAGAUAAUUCCAAUGAUAGCAGUCCAUUAAGAAGUCCAGGACAUUACGUUAUCACAGGUUCAAAUAAAACCAACACUAAAGUCCUAUUAAACACAGCUUCCAGAUCUCUAGACACAGAUAGAAGACACGAUUCCAACAUGAACAGUCCAUCUUCAGACAGAGGUCUAUGCAGUAACAGUUCAGAAGACAAAACAAUAUCAAAUAAACCACAAUACAAAACAUCACCAAGAUAUCGACAGAAAAUAGAAGUUAAACCGAUAACUGAAGCUGUCUGCCUUAAAGCAGUUUUAAAGAAUAACGCAAUCGACUCAAAAUUGUACCCGAGAAUUGAUCAAACUCGUUACCAAGGCGACGCGAAGAAAUCCCAUCAAAGAGUUUAUAGUGAUAGUAAACAAUACAAGCCCGUCCAAAACGCAUUUGGUGUUUCCAUCCGACGUUCAAGUUCCUUCAACACAGUAAAUAGAAACAACAAUCAUGUAGAUGCAAGAAUAAAAUCACGAAGAUCCAGCGGACAUUCCGAAGAUUACAAAGAUUAUUGUAUAUCAGACGAAUCGGAUACGGGAUCUUUCGAUAAAUCUCAAGAUGUUAGAUUCAAAAGAACUCACAGAGGUAGAAUAGAUUCACCAGAUCUCAAAUCAACCGUACCAACGAACUCGCCGAGAUGUCCCAACACACCUGAAAUGCAGCGUAAAUUCGGACCAGGGUUGAUCAGGAAUGCAGGGAGACCCAAAGAUCGUUCUAGAAUGUCAGAACCCCCUGUAUCUAAGGAGGAAAGAACUAAACCUGUUAAUCAUCAGAGCAGAAGGAUAUCAGAUCCUACAAGACAAGCAGUUCUCAGUAGACUGACUAAAUCCAGAUCUUCAACCAGGGAACUGCAGCCUAAGGUUCAGGAGAAAGUUCAAAAGAAAGCAAGCCAGUACAGAUCAUCGUCAGCUUUAGCAACCAAAGAAGUUGAAUUCUCUAACUGGAAGAAGAGGUCUUCUUACGACCCGAUGAAGGCCGCGCAGGAAGGGAAAAAGAGACAGCAAAAGCCGAGACAACAGGAGUGCAAUAAGGAUGACCUUAGUUCUCCUAGUCACUCCUCACCUGUCCAUCGGUCUCAGUCUUUCCAUACAACCAACAUAGCUGAUUUGGAGACAUUGGACUACUCAUCAGAAGACGAUCAGAUGGCUACAUUACCGAUAGACCCGAUGAUCACGUCUACUCAUUCUGAUAUACUGGAUCUGAGGACAAAGGAUUUUACGAGGGAGAAUUUAAGAAGACAGGCCAUGACUAAUGACGUAGUGUUGUCUAGGAAUUAUGUCACUAGCUUCCAGGUUAACCAACCUUCAGAAAAGAAACGUAAAGAUGCUGACAAAAGAAAGACUUACAUAGUAGAUGAUAUCACUCCCACGAAAGAGAAUGUGGACUUUUUACAGAAAAGAGACAACGGUUCCGCAGUUGACAAGAGAAAGACUUUCAUAUUAGAUAGCGAUACAAACUCUACCACAAACGGUAGCAGCCCAAGAAACUCUUCUAUAUUCAGUCAUGAAAAGAAUUCUCUAACAACUGGUACUAGUGAUACAGAAGGUGAGAGCGGGACGGAGAGUGCGCCAGUUGUUAUGAGGCAUCAGGGGGGAAAGAAAGGGACAGCGCAGGCGAAACAGAGGUACAGCGGUGACUAUUCUAUGUCAUCGUCGACGACCUCAAUCAGCCAACAGAAGCGGCCCAAAGACAUCCAGCCGAGGUACCUCGACAUCUCCAAGUACAAGAAUGAUAAUUCGCCGAAGAACUUUCUGCGCCGCGACCCCAGCAAGACUUACGUAAACGUGCUGCCUCACCACGACAGGCCUAGCAGGGGCAGCGCGCAACAGUAUGAGAUGGAACAAAAGAAACAAGAAUUAGAGAAGUGGAAACGUAGGGCUUCCUACGACCCGAGGAAGGCAGCGGCGCUCGGCAAGACUGGCAAAGCCCCCCCUAAGACAGCGAGUAGCGUUUUGCGAUCUCAGUCGUUCCACGGGCAGGUGCUAGUUUCUCCAAGCGUCCGCUACCAGCCGCCUCCCACAGAUAUUGUGGAGAGUUACGACGCUUCGAGCGAUAACGACUUCUAAAGCGUUUUUAUAAGAUCGAUAUUACGAUGGCAAUGUGAUAGGAAUGUAUGACUUAGUGCUGUUUGGUGCAAAAGCGUGAAUUAAUUAGUUUUAUCCAUAGAUGUAAUAAAAAAAAUCUAUUGAUAACCUUUGAUGGAAAGUCGGUUAAAUGGUUUGAAAGAUUUUUUUAUUACGUUUAUGGUUUUCGUACAAUUAUGUUGUCUGUUACCCGCGUGUUGACAAAUCAUAUACGCGCCAUUUUCAUUGUCAUUAUUUUUUUAAUUCCUUAAUUUCAUAUCUUUCGCACAAUAAACGCUUUCAUCAUAUCGAAACUGCACUAUUUCUUUGUAAAUUGGUAUUUUAUUAAUAAAGUAGUUAUAUGCCUAUUUAAUGUAUGAACAAACGCUAUCACUAAAAGUGUAAGUUUUUUUGUAUGAAUUAUUGAAUUAAAUGUAUUAGAAUACCGAUAAUUAUGUAUUUUUUUAGUUUUAGAGGUUAGUUGCUCAUAAAUGGUACAUCGAUUAGCUAUAUGUCAAGUUUAAAUUUUUUUAGGUUAGGUAGUUUAUACAAUUAUAUAUAUUAGUGCAACAUGUCAUCACAAUUUUAAAAUGUUAGGUUUUUCGAAGUAAAUAUUAGAAUUUUCAUUAAAUAAUUCAUAUCAAUGUAUGUAUGCAUAAUAUUAAUUCUUCAUUUUUUUAACGGUUUCUAUUUAAAUAUGUACUCACUUUUACUCAUUAUCGUGAUUAAAAUAAACAAGCUCAGUAAAAUAGAAACUUUCCGAUUUCCGUCAAAAAUAUAAUUAGACUGUCUAAAUUCAAAACGUCCUUUAUGCUAAAAUUCUUCUAAUAAAUUCCGUAGAUUACAAUCAUAUUUCAUAUAUCUUGACAUUGCUGUAUGUAAUCUGGCUUUAUUCUGCUCCGUUUAAAAAAAAAAUCAUUUUUUUAACAAAACUAGCAGAAUCCUAGAAAGCUUUUGCCUUUUUUCAUAAAAAAACAUCGGUCUUUGUAAAUUGAUCUUUGUACACUUUUUUAAUCUAUGGCCAUUUUUAUAGUCAUAUGGAGCAGAAUAAUGCUGUAGUUUUUAAUUGAAACAAUAUUUUUAAAUAAUUUAUUUACAAUGGAUUUUUUGGAUUUUGCAAUAUUUU